AUGAGCAUCACGAAGAGCUUGGGGAGAUGCGGCAAGACCACCCUCACAGAGCGGGUGCUCUUCUACACGGGCCGCAUCAAGGCGAUCCACGAGGUGCGCGGCAAGGACGGCGUCGGUGCGAAGAUGGAUCACAUGGAGCUGGAGCGCGAGAAGGGAAUCACGAUCACGUCAGCAGCUACGUAUUGCAGCUGGGGUCUUAAUGGCACGGACCACCACCUGAACCUCAUUGAUACCCCAGGGCACGUCGAUUUCACCAUAGAGGUCGAACGAGCUCUCCGUGUUUUGGAUGGCGCGGUCAUGAUCUGCUGCGGCGUCGGUGGUGUGCAGAGCCAGACCAUCACCGUAGAUAGGCAAAUGAAGCGAUAUGAGGUGCCUCGGAUCGUAUUUAUCAACAAGUUGGACCGGUACGGUGCCGACCCGCUGUUGAUACUCAAGCAGAUUCGCCAGAAGCUCGGCCUUACAGUGCAGCCGCUUCAGCUGCCCAUCGGCGAGGAGGAUAACUUCGCCGGAGUGUGCGAACUGAUUACUAGAGAAGCCGUCUACUUCGAGGGCGACAACGGCCUCACCCGCCGCAUUGCCGAGAUACCCGCUGCGAUGAGCGAGGACGUGGAGAAGUGGCGAGCGGAGCUGCUGGAGGUGCUCGCAGACCUCGACGACCAAUUCGCCGAGGUGUACCUAGAGAGCGACGACGUGCCUGUGCAGGCCAUCCACGAUGCCGUGCGCCGCACGACGCUGGCGCGAACAUUCUGCCCCAUGCUCAUGGGGACCGCGUACAAGAACAAAGGCGUUCAGAAUCUGCUGGACGCGGUGUGUCGCUACCUUCCGUCACCCGUGGACAAGAAGAAUUUGGCCCUGAACGCGGACGACGAGGACGAGGAGGUAGUGCUGAAGAGCACCUCGAACGCUCCGUUCGUCGGCUACGCGUUCAAGAUCCAGGACCAUCCCCAAGCCGGGCAGGUGACCUACAUGCGCAUCUACCAGGGGAAGGUCUCCAAGGGCGACAACAUCGUGAACAUGAUGAACGGAAGGCGUCUCAGCGUGAAGAGGCUUGUCAGGAUGCACUCCAACGACGUGAAGGAUGUUAGCAGUGCGGAGGUCGGCGACAUCAUCGCGCUGGCUGGCGUCGAGUGCGAAUCAGGUGCCACUUUCACUGACGGGAAGCAGAGAGUUACGUGCAGCUCCAUGUUCGUGCCAGACGCGGUGAUGUCAUUAUCGGUGUCCGCUGGCCGCGAUGACCAGACGAGAUUUCAGAAGGCCCUGAAGCGCUUCCAGCGCGAGGACCCAACAUUCAGGGUCGAGGUGAAGCAGGACACGAACGAGACGAUCAUCUCAGGAAUGGGCGAGCUGCAUCUUGACAUCUAUUGCGAGCGAAUGAGGCGAGAGUUCAAGGUGGAGUCUCUCCAGACCGGGGAGCCGAAGGUGAACUACAGGGAGACCAUCACGUCGCGGAUUCCUUACGAUCCCAGGGCGGCUUACACGCACAAGCGGCAGUCGGGAGGGCGCGGCCAGUACGGUAAGAUCAUCGGCUAUGUGGAGCCCGUCCCGGAGGAAGAGCGUAAGGACACCGACAGUAUCGAGUUCUUGAGCAGGCUGAGCGGGGACGACAUCCCCCCGAACUACGUCCCCGCCAUCGAGAAGGGUUUCCGCAUGUGCACCCAGAAAGGCCUGCUGACUGGGAACCCCGUCAUCCAGAUGCGGUGCGUGCUCGAGGAUGGGGCCGCACACGAGGUGGACUCCUCCGCCGAGGCAUUCCAGGCGGCGGCGGCGGGCGCCUUCCAGCAGGUCUACAAAGACGCUGGGCCCGUGGUGCUCGAGCCCCUCAUGGCCGUGGAGGUGACGUUCCCGACAGAAUUUCAGUCGCAGUGCCUGCAGACUCUGAACUCCCGCGAGGGGUCCAUCCAGACCACGCGCGCAGUCAGCCAGGACACCUCCGUCGUCGAGGCGGUGGUUCCCUUGAGGAGAAUGUUCGGUUACUCCUCCGAGCUCCGCUCCGUGACCCAGGGCCAGGGCGAGUUUUCCAUGGAGUUCAAAGAGUACGAGAAGAUGCCGUCGAAGACCCAGGAGGACUUCGUGGCCGCAUACAGGAAGACGUUGUACGAGCAGCGGCAAGCGUAAUUCAGCGGCGGCGGCCAGCGCACUGCCUGGCUGUAGCCGAGGGCCUGGCCAAGAGCGGAUGUCGUGAGGCAGGCCCGCAGAUUUUGGGACCCACGCCGCUGUACGCCUGCGCUCGUCGACUGCGUGGCGCGGCGCCGCGGGUCCCGCCGAUUUUGGGGCGACCCCGGCCACGAUCCGAAAGCGGGU